CUCAUAAAUGACACUCGCGGAUGUAUUGAAAAGUAUCGCAGUCGCCGUCCCGGUGGGAAUCACGAUAAUAGACUUGCUCGGCUACGUGGCCCGGGUGGACGGAGUGUCUAUGCAGCCGGCUCUCAAUCCCACCUCGGAGAACGACUACGUUUUUCUCAACCGGCUUUCCCUCAGGUUCUACGAGGUCUCGCGAGGAGACGUCGUCGCCCUUUUCUCUCCGAAGAACCACGACCAGAAGAUCAUCAAGAGGGUCAUCGGCUUAGAAGGUAGUCACCGUCUGUAACACUCUUCCCUCCUCACCGUCACAAACACCUUUUCUACGGAAUAUCUUUGAAAUUUCCUCUUUAGAGUUGGCUUUAAAAAGUGCAUUUCUAUGGUGGAUACCAGGAACUGGAAGAAUCCCUUCUGAGCACUGCAGCUCUACAGUGUUUAUUGCACUUCUACAUGGCUGCACAGAUUUGUGGAGUGAAGUUUUAGUUAUGAGGUCGUGGAUCAUGGGGGUUGUGAGAUGUCAUUAACACAUUGAGCUACAAGACAUCGACAGUAAGGAUUCCCAAGGGUCACUGCUGGGUCGAAGGUGACAACGCGAACCACUCCAUGGACUCUAACAUGUUUGGACCGAUCGCUCUUGCUCUCAUCACCGCUAAAGCUACUGCCGUCGUCUGGCCUCCGAAAAGGUGGCAGUAUGUCAAAUCCUUUGUGCCCGAGUCGAGGAUACCCGCCAACCACCAGAUGGAGGCCUAGGCCUGCUAGGACAAUAAAGUUUCUUUGAAAUAAAAUGCGUUCUGUAUGUUUUGUAAAUAAGUUCGAAUUUGACUUUGUGGGCAAAGUGCUACAGGAUGCUAUAUGCAUCGGUGACAUAGACAAUGACGGUGAGUCGGAGUUGCUUGUCGGCAACACCAACGGUGACCUGUCGAUCUUCAAGGGAGAAAAGCUCUGGCAAAAAAUCUCCGGCCUUGGGAUGAUCGCGUCUGUCGCUGUCGGGGAUGUUACCAACUGUGGGAGUAAUGCUGUUGUCACUGUCAGUGUAGAGGGCUGGUGCCAUAUAUACCUAUGCCUUAACUAUACAAAAUCCGGCUCUGGAGAAAAAUUACAGCGUUUACACAAACAGUGCAUCCCAGCCAACACCAAGGCAUUAAUUCUUGGUGAUAUUCAAGGGGAUGGGCAGAUCGAUAUGAUUCUCGGUUUGUCAGAUCGUGUAGUCCGGAUAUACAGGUGGCUUCAGACCCCAGCAGAAGUGACAUUGGUCUGUUUAAGUAAAUGUGAAAGUGCUAAUCAAAUAGGAUCUAUAUGUAUUAUAAAAAAUGACAACAAGAAACCUUGUAUACUAGUUUCACAGCCGGGUGCGACGUAUAUGACCAUAACUUAUAUAGGAGAUGGAAAGACUUCUGUUGAUUAUCAUGUGGUCCCUCCAGGAAAACAUAAUUCGAGCAAUGUCUCGUGUCAAAUAAUUGGUAAUGUGAAUGGAAAUGAUAGUUUAGCUAUAGCAUCUUUAAAUGGAAAUGUUGUAUUGAUUAAAGACAGUCAGCCUGUUUGGUCAAUAAAUGUUGAUCAUCAAACAUUUAUUAUUAAUAAAGUUAAUAUGUGCAAUGAUGGUAGUGAACAAAUAGUAGCCAGCUCUUGGUCUGGUCAUACGUUUAUAAUAGAUUACCAAGGUAAUGCUGUGUGCUUUGAACUCGGAACCCCGAUUCAGACGUUCAUUUCUGGUCUGUAUUCUUCUAGAGGGAGCACAACAUUUAUUUUUGUCACGUUCAACAAUAAAAUACUGGUGUACUAUGAUGUUGCAAUGGAGAGUCUCGUUCUGCACAGCUUGUACGCUCUACAGUUGAAGGACUCGAGGUUAUCUUCUCUUUCUAGAAACGAACUGAAACAGCUCACAAAUUUCUGCCUGUACAAUUUCAAGGGUAGUAAAAAAUAAUAUCCAUUUUGCCUAUGUGUAAUAUUAUUGACUGAAGAUAAGAUGAUUUUGUUAGCUAUAAUGAUGUAUACCAAUGAUGGUGUUUCAUCAAUGUGUCAUUCUUUUAAAAAAAUAAAUAAAUUGUGGAUUAGUUGUGUUAUAA